GGACUGCAUCAUGCUGUGCUGUCUGAAUAGUGGAACCAGCUUCGUGGCGGGCUUCGCCAUCUUCUCUGUGCUUGGCUUCAUGGCGUUAGAACAGGGUGUGCCCAUCGAGGCCGUGGCAGAGUCUGGUAAAAAGGAUAAUCUUGUUCUCUUUAGCACCAGCCAAUGUCAAAUAAAGGGUGAAGGCUGUUGCCGAAAAGCGUCCAUUUGAGAAAUUAAAACUUCUUAAGACUGUGUUUCCAAUGAGUGCAGGUUUUUCCAUUUCUUUCCAACCCUGCACCAAGAGACCUUUGUUUAAGGACUAUUGAGUUGAGCUGCAUGCCAGUUUGUGGUUCUACUGACAAACCCAGCCUUCUGUAUGCCUGGGUUUGGAACCGGAAUGAACAAACCCAGCCUUCUAGAAUGUGAAACAUGAUGGAUGGUGAUGAUGUAACUUUGGCUGUCCUCCUCUCAGAAAGCAUUGUAGUAGAACCACUACUGUUCUAUGUCUUAUUCAAGUCCAACAUGAAUGAUUUAGCUGUGUGGAGCAUGACAGAGACAUAGGCGGUGUUUUGAAGUGGGGGAGUCUGGCAGGAGUCUGGCAGGAGAUAGGAGGCAGUAAAAGGGCAGACAGUUUAGCUCACAGAGGACUCUACUGUUUGCCUGCAGAUUUGUGAUUAUUUGCAUGUAUAUACGUACUGUAGAUGUCAGUUUGGUUUUUUAAAUAGCAAAUUGCUGACAUGUGUAAUAUGUUCUUCUGAAUCUCUGAAUGUCCUUGAUCACAUUGAGUUUGUUGACGCCAUAUAGACACAGCCAGCAGUAUCUAUCAAAGGCUUAACCUUCGUAGUCUACCCGCAAAGCUGUGUGUUGUUGUUGCUAAUGUUGUUGUUGUUGUUGUUGUUGUUUACACCAGGCCCGGGCUUAGCCUUCAUAGCGUACCCUAAAGCUGUGACCAUGAUGCCUCUGUCUCCUCUGUGGGCGUGCCUCUUCUUCAUGAUGCUCAUCUUCCUGGGGCUGGACAGCCAGGUUAGGACACGGGAGGGAGGGGGUGGGGGAGGGACAGGGGGAGGGAGGGAAGGAGGGGAGGGAGGGAGGGAGGGAGGGAGGGAGGGAGGGAGGGAGAGGAGGGACAGGGUGAAGGGAGGGAAGGAGGGAGGGAGGGGAGGGAGGGAGGGAGGGAGGAGGGAGGGAGGGAGGGGAGGAGGGAGGGAGGGAGGGAGGAGGGAGGGAGGGAGGGGAGGGAGGGGAGGGAGGGAGGGAGGGAGGGGAGGAGACGGGAGGAGAGGGGGAGGGAGGGAGGAGGUGGGAGGGAGGGAGGGGGAGGGAGGGAGGGAGGGAGGAGGGAGAGAGAGAGAGAGAGAGAGAGAGAGAGAGAGAGAAAGAGAGAGAGAAAUAGUAAUGUUGUGUUGUGUAGUUUGUGUGUGUAGAAAGCCUGGUGACGGCGGUAAUAGACAUGUACCCAGAGACCUUCAGGAGAGGCUACCGUCGAGAGAUGCUCAUCCUGGGCUUGUCUAUAUGCUCCUUCUUCCUGGGGCUCAUCAUGUUGACAGAGGUAAGACCAUAGUACUUCCUGCUUGUACUUCCUACUUCACUCCCAUAGGUCAAUAUGGCCACUAGUCCACACACCACAGAACAUUGACUUGAAUUAUCUUUAAGACUCGUAUUACUGGGCACCCUUGCCUAUUUCAAAAUGAAUGUUUUAUAUAGGGAGCCACCACUUCGCUUCACAGCCUGAUUUUAAGGCUGUUCAGAAAUGGGUCAAAAAUAGUGUUGAACGCUGUGACACUGAAUGCUUUCAUCCUGCUAAAAGCUCUUUCUGCUCAGUUCUUCUGUAAAGCCAGGCAUGGAUAAAUCUCACGUGUAGCUGACCUUUUAAUUAUGCCAUCGUUCAAAAUGGACUCACCUCUAAAUGGCUGACCCACAUUGACACUGGUUCAGAUUAUAUAGCACAGAAGCCAGUCACUGAAGCCAAGUCUCCCACUGGAACCAUUCUCAGUUCAAGUCAAACUGUUUUAUCUGAUCAUGUGAUGAUGUCGUCAGGGUGGAAUGUACGUGUUCCAGCUGUUUGACUCGUACGCGGCCAGCGGAAUGUGCCUGCUGUUUGUGGCCAUCUUCGAGUCAAUAUGUAUCGGCUGGGUAUACGGUAAGUCUCUAGUAUUCCCUCUCUCUCUCUCUCUCUCUCUCUCUCUCUCUCUCUCUCUCUCUCUCUCUCUCUCUCUCUCUGUCUCUCUCUCUCUCUCUCUCUCUCUCUCUCUCUCUCUCUCUCUCUCUCAUACUAUAUAUAUUUUUUAUCAUUCUUUUAUUAACGAUAACACAAAGAUGUUAAUGAACAAAAUACUGUAUAUAAGUCUUUCUAUUGGAUAUACACUCAGUGGACAAAACAUUAAGGACACCUGCUCUUUCCAUGACAUAGACUGACCAGGUGAAUCCAGGUGAAAGCUACGAUCCCUUAUUGUUGUCAAUUGUUAAAUCCACUUCAAUCAGUGUAGAUUAAGGGGAGGAGGCAGGUUAAAUAAUAUUUUUUAAGCCUUGAGACAUGGAUUGAACGGAUUAUGGUAGUAGGUGCCAGGUGCACCGGUUUGUGUCAAAAACUGCAACGCUGCUGGGUUUUUCACGCUCAACAGUUUUCCUGUGUGUAACUAGAAUGGUCCAUGACCCAAAGGACAUCCAGCCAACCUGACACAACUGUGGGAAGCGUCGGAGUCAACACGGCCAGCAUCCCUGUGGAACACUAGACAACUUGUAGAGUCCAUGCCCCGACGAAUUGAGGCUGUUCUGAGGGCAAAGAUUGGAGGGGGGGGGGGGGGAGAUGGGGGGUUGGUACAACUCAAUAUUAGGAAGGUGUUCUUAAUGUUUUGUACACUCAGUGUAUAUAGGUAUCUUAAUAUACUGAACAAAAAUAUAAACACACCAUAUAAUGUGUUGGUCCCAUGUUUCAUGAGCUGAAAUAAAAGAUCCCAGAAAUGUUCCAUAUGCACAAAAAGCUUAUUUCUCUCAAAUCUUGUGCACAAAUUUGCUACAUCCCUGUUAGUGAGCAUUUCUUCUUUGCCCCAGAUAAUCCAUCCACCUGACAGGUGUGGCAUAUCAAGAAGCUGAUUAAACAACAUGAUCAUUACACAGGCGCAACACCGUGUGCUGGGGACAAUAAAAAGCCACUCUAAAAUGUGCAGUUUUGUUACACAACACAAUGUCUGAAGUUUUGAGACAUCUGCCUCCAACGUCGUUUUAGAGAAUUUGGCAGUACGUCCAGCCGGCCUCACAACCUCAGACCGGUGUAUGGCGUCGUGUGGGCGAGCGGUUUUGUCACGCCCUGGCUCUGGGGACUCUUAUAUGUUGAGCCAGGGUGUGGAUUGUCUAUGUUGUAUUUUCUAUGUUUUUGUUCUAGUUCGUGUAGAUCUAUGUUGGCCAGGGUGGUUCCCAAUCAGAGGCAGCUGAUUCUCAUACUUAGGCAGCCUGUUUUGCACAGUUGAUUGUGGGAUCUUGUUCUGUAUAGGUUUGUGUUGGUGAACCUUUAGACUUCACGUAUCGUUUUGUUGUUGUUUUGUUGUUGGUGUAAAGUACUCAUUAAAAGAUGUACGCCUAUCACGCUGCGCCUUGGUCCGGUUCCUAUAACGAUCGUGACAGGUUUGCUGAUGUCAACGUUGUGAACAGAGUGCCCCAUGGUGGCGGUGGGGUUAUGGUAUGGGCAAGCAUAAGCUACGGACAACGAACACAAUUGCAUUUUAUCGAUGGCAAUUUGAAUGCACAGAGAUACCAUGACAAAAUCCUGAGGCCCAUUGUCGUGCCAUUCACCCGCUGCCAUUACCUCACGUUUCAGCAUGAUAAUGCACGGCCCCAUGUCGCAAGGAUCUGUACACAAUUCCUGGAAGCUGAAAAUGUCCCAGUUCUUCCAUGGCCUGCAUACUCACCAGACAUCCCUUUGAGCAUGUUUGGGAUGCUCUGGAUCGACGUGUACGACUGCGUGUUCCAGUUCCCGCGAAUAUCAAGCAACUUCGCAGCCAUUGAAGAGCUGUGGGACAACAUUCCACAGGUCACAAUCAACAGCCUGAUCAACUCUAUGUGAAGGAGAUGUGUCGCGCUGCAUGAGGCAAAUGGUGGUCACACCAGAUACUGACUAGUUUUCUGAUCCACUCCCCUACUUUUAUUUUGUAGGUAUAUGUGACCAACAGAUGCAUAUCUGUAUUCCCAGUCGUGAAAUCCAUAGAUUAGGGCCUAAUUAAUAUAUUUCAAUUGACUGAUUUCCUUAUAUAAACUGUAAAAACUUUGAAAAUUGUUGCAUGUUUCAUUUAUAUUUUUGUUAAUCUAACCUGUCAAAAUGCAUUGGCUGGGUAUACAGUAAGAAAUACCUCUAUCUACCCAUGGGGCGGCGCACAAUUGGCCCAGCGUCGUCCAGGGUAGGGGAGGGAAUGGCCGGCAGGGAUGUAGCUCAGUUGGUAGAGCGUGGCGUUUGCAACGGCAGGGUUGUGUGUUCGAUUCCCACGGGGAUGCCAGGAAUGAAAUUUUUUUUAUGUAUACACUCACUAACUGUAAGUCGCUCUGGAUAAGAGCGUCUGCUGAAAUGACAUAAAAUGUCAAAAUGUAAAUGUAUAUUUCUCUAUCCUUCUAUACUUCUCCCCACUAACCCGUUUACCUUAUAGUUAUACUCUACUGUAUAUGACAAUGGCUCUUUGACAGAGGUGUAAGGAUACAGUGGGUAAAUUAAAGACAUAUCAUCUUCGUUUCGGACGCACACAUUCAGAGUGUCUUAAUUCCCAGUCAGAAAAACGCCACUAGCACUCACUCACAUAGUUUACAGUAGACUUGAGUACAGCAUACUUCUCUCCACGUAUCCUUUUACCAUUUUAGUUAUAAGGACAAUAGGUAUUUGAUAGACGUGAAAGGGAUAGAGGGCGUCAGAGUAUCUUGAGUAUUUACAGUCGGCCUACAGUAGAAUAGAGACUGGAGUACAGAAGACAGACCUUCGCUGUAGAUCCUGUAGCUACAGAGAAGGUUUUAGUUGUUGUGUUAAUACCAUAGACGUAUCAUAUCGAUAUCUGUCAUUUUGCAGCCUUACUGUUUCCUCCUGUCUGUCUAUGUGUGUUCCAGGUAGUGACAGGUUCUAUAUGAACAUCGAGGAUAUGAUUGGAUACCGGCCUGCCAUCUUCAUCAAAUGGUGCUGGAUGCUGCUAACCCCGGGCAUCUGUGCUGUGAGUUCAGAACACUAGAUCAACCAAUCAAUCAAUCUUUCAAUUGUUUCAUUCCCUGUGUUUAAAUGUUUAAAUAUCUUACUUUUCUUUUUCUCCUCUCCUCUCCUCUCCUCUCCUCUCCUCUCCUCUCCUCUCCUCUCCUCCCUCUCCUCUCCUCUCCUCUCCUCUCCUCUCCUCUCCUCUCCUCUCCUCUCCUCUCCCCUCCCCUCCCCUCCCCUCCCUCCCCUCCCUCUGUCCCCUCCCCUUCCCUCCACUCCCGUCCCCUCGUCCAGGGUAUCUUCCUGUUCUUCCUGAUUAAGUACAAGCCUCUGAAGUACAACAACGUGUAUAUCUACCCAGACUGGGGCUAUGGUAUAGGCUGGAUGAUGGCCCUGUCCUCCAUGGUCUGCAUCCCCCUGGGAGUCAUCAUACAGCUCUGGAAAACACCCGGAACCUUCUCAGAGGUUACCUUAACCUUACUACUAAUGUCACGUAUACAUUAUCAAUCAAUCAUGCAAUCAACCAAUCAACCUUCUCAGAGGUCAGACUGAUAGUCCUAACUCCAGUCUCUCUUUCAGCUCAUUUACCACCUGAUUUACUUAACAAGAGGCACAUCUCAAUAGGUGGUAGUGUUGUCACGAUACCAACAUUUUACAAACUAUGCGAUACCAGGCCAAGUAUCACAAUACUAGUAGUAUCGCGAUACCGAGUAGUAUCGCGAUACCACGGUGGAAAACAAUUCAGUGGCCUAGCAUCCUGUUCACUCUGUCCCGUUUUCUAAACAUUCUCCAAUAACCUGUCACUGAAAUUCACACUUCCACUCAAUACAACACAUUGAAUUUAACUUUACACUGUUCAGUGUAUAAUGGAAUACUGCAUAGAAUGGCUGAUUUGCUCAUAUUUGCACAAGGACUACCUGUGAUUUGGCUGGAGGAAUAGGAGGAAGAAAUAUACAUGAUCUGCAUGUCAUUGUGUCAGUAAGGGGAAAAGACUGCAUGAAACCUUCUAUGCUCUUCAGUUAACACAGACACACUCUCCCCUCCCUUCCUCACACACCACAAACACACUGCUCCCAACGUUUAAAACGUUGGGCACCAAACAGAAUUUAAGGAGCACCAGAAAGAGAUCGAUAUUUUGAAAUAGUUUAGUCUUCCUUUAGUCAAAUAUGAAUCCUACCUUUUGAAUCACAUCUCAUGAGUAGCAGACACUUGUCUUCCUGGGCCAAUCAAAAAUGUACCUAAAACCUAAUGUCAAGUUAGCGGGUUGUUAGCUAGAUAGGUAACAUGACUGAACAACGUUGUUUUUUUAUCAAAUCAAUAAUUAGCGACCCGGGAUUAGUUUAAAACAGCCCACGACGGUUUGUGAAACUGUAUAAAUCAUAAACAAAAUAAGGCAUUUCAGGUAAUAUAAUAUUUAUUCUUAUUUUCUUAAUCUCUGGGUCAUAUUUCUUUAAAUCGUUUAGGCAAGUCAUUCUCUUUGCUGUAACGCUGCAUACAUGUCUGGUCACGUGUGUACGCUGCAUACAUGUCUGGUCACGUGUGUAACGCUGCAUACAUGUCUGGUCACGUGUGUAACGCUGCAUACAUGUCUGGUCACGUGUGUUAGCGAAGCAGAGGUCCUUGGUUCGAGCCAGGCAUGAGCCGAACAAGGAGGAAGUGGUACUCGCUAAGCAAGCAGCGUGACGUCCGUAACGCUCACAUCUUUGGAGAUAGCAUUAUAAUGAGGGCUCAGAUAUAAACCAUAUGUGACUGGCUGAAUCUGACAACAGUACUCAGGGUUACGGGACACACACACACACACAGGGACAGGGCCAAAUGUCUCAAGAAAGAACGUGUGGACUCUUUGAACUCCUGCCUGACCCCGUGUUACUAAAAGGAAGGUUGACAUUUGUGACAUUGUUCAGUGUUGUGCUUUGACGAUGUCAUCUUGCACGUGAACUCAGAACCCGGGUCCUAGCUGUUGUGUGGAGUGUGGCGUCUGUCGUGUGGCGUCUUGGCCUCCUGUCGAGGUCGUCGGAGCGAUCAGGAGGAAGUGACAUAAACAGCUCCGGGAUAGAAGUUGCCUUUAGGCACAUAUCUAUGGCCUUGUCCAAAAACAACCGCUGGUAAAGAUCUGAGAGGAUUUGAUAUGUUUAAGGAAAUAUGAUAGUAGUUCCAUGUUGAUCUUGCAAGGUGAUGUUUGCUGUAUUACUUACGCCUGUCUAAUACUCUCAGAUCUCCACCUAGAUGGUAGAUGGACUAGGGGUUGUUUCUAAUACUCUCAGAUCUCCACCUAGAUGGUAGAUGGACUAGGGGUUGUUUCUAAUACUCUCAGAUCUCCACCUAGAUGGUAGAUGGACUAGGGGUUGUUUCUAAUACUCUCAGAUCUCCACCUAGAUGGUAGAUGGACUAGGGGUUGUUUCUGGACAGGGCCCUUCUGUCAGUGCAACCUCCCCAAAAUCUUAAACCCAAACCGUUAGAGAGGACAUUACAAACCUGACCUCAGAUCAAAUCAAAUCAAAUCAAAUCAAAUCAAAUUGUAUUGGUCACAUGCGCCGAAUACAACAGGUGCAGACAUUACAGUGAAAUGCUUACUUACAGCCCUUAACCAACAGUGCAUUUAUUUUUAACAAAAAAAGUGUUGAGAAAAAAAGAGCAGAAGUAAAAUAAAAUAACAGUAGGGAGGCUAUAUAUACAGGGGGGUACCGGUGCAGAGUCAAUGUGCGGGGGCACCGGCUAGUUGAGAUAGUUGAAGUAAUAUGUACAUGUGGGUAGAGUUAAAGUGACUAUGCAUAAAUAAUUAACAGAGUAGCAGCAGCGUAAAAAGGAUGGGGUGGGGGGGGCAGUGCAAAUAGUCCGGGUAGCCAUGAUUAGCUGUUCAGGAGUCUUAUGGCUUGGGGGUAGAAGCUGUUGAGAAGUCUUUUGGACCUAGACUUGGCACUCCGGUACCGCUUGCCGUGCGGUAGCAGGGAGAACAGUCUAUGACUAGGGUGGCUGGAGUCUUUGACAAUUUUGAGGGCCUUCCUCUGACACCGCCUGGUAUAGAGGUCCUGGGUGGCAGGAAGCUUGGCCCCAGUGAUGUACUGGGCCGUACGCACAACCCUCUGUAGUGCCUUGCGGUCGGAGGCCAAGCAGUUGCCAUACCAGGCGGUGAUGCAACCAGUCAGGAUGCUCUCGAUGGUGCAGCUGUAGAAUAUUUUGAGGAUCUGAGGACCCAUGCCAAAUCUUUUCAGUCUCCUGAGGGGGAAUAGGCUUUGUCGUGCCCUCUUCACGACUGUCUUGGUGUGUUUGGACCAUGAUAGUUCAUUGGUGAUGUGGACACCAAGGAACUUGAAGCUCUCAACCUGUUCCACUACAGCCCCGUCGAUGAGAAUGGGGGCGUGCUCAGUCCUCUUUUUUUUCCUGUAGUCCACAAUCAUCUCCUUUGUCUUGGUCACGUUGAGGGAGAGGUUGUUGUCCUGGCACCACACGGCCAGGUCUCUUAAUUGGCCAGGUCUCUUAACUUAAUGAUGGUGUUGGAGUCGUGCUUGGCCAUGCAGUCAUGGGUGAACAGAGAGUACAGGAGGGGACUGAGCAUGCACCCCUGAGGGGCCCCCGUGUUGAGGAUCAGUGUGGCAGAUGUGUUGUUACCUACCCUUUCCACCUGGGGGCGGCCCGUCAGGAAGUCCAGGAUCCAGUUGCAGAGGGAGGUGUUUAGUCCCAGGAUCCUUAGCUUAGUGAUGAGCUUAGAGGGCACUAUGGUGUUGAAUGCUGAGCUGUAGUCAAUGAAUAGCAUUCUCACGUAGGUGUUCCUCUUGUCCAGGUAGGAAAGGGCAGUGUGGAGUGCAAUAGAGAUUGCAUCAUCUGUGGAUCUGUUGGGGCGGUAUGCAAAUUGGAGUGGGUCUAGGGUUUCUGGGAUAAUGCUGUUGAUGUGAGCCAUGACCAGCCUUUCAAAGCACUUCAUGGCUACAGACGUCAGUGCUACGGGUCGGUAGUCAUUUAGGCAGGUUAUCUUAGAGUCCUUGGGCACGGGGACUAUGGUGGUCUGCUUGAAACAUGUUGGUAUUACAGACUCAGUCAGGGAUAUGUUGAAAAUGUCAGUGAAGACGCUUGCCAGUUGGUCAGCACAUGCUCGGAGUACACGUCCUGGUAAUCCGUCUGGCCCUGCGGCCUUGUGAAUGUUGACCUGCUUAAAAGUCUUACUCACAUCGGCUACGGAGAGCGUGAUCACAUAGUAAUCCGGAACAGCUGGUGCUCUCAUGCAUGCUUCAGUGUUGCUUGCCUCGAAGCGAGCAUAGAAGUGGUUUAGCUCGUCUGGUAGGCUUGUGUCACUGGGCAGCUCGCGGCUGUGCUUCCCUUUGUAGUCUGUAAUAGUUUUCAAGCCCUGCCACAUCCGACGAGCAUCAGAGCCAGUGUAGUACGAUUCAAUCUUAGCCCUGUAUUGACUCUUUGCCUGUUUGAUGGUUCGUCGGAGGGCAUAGCGGGAUUUCUUAUAAGCGUCCGGGUUAGAGUCCCGUUCCUUGAAAGCGGCAGCUCUACCCUUUAGCUCAGUGCGGAUGUUUCCUGUAAUCCAUGGCUUCUGGUUGGGGUAUGUACGUACGGUCACUGUGGGGACGACAUCAUCGAUGCACUUAUUGAUGAAGCCAGUGACUGAUGUGGUGUACUCCUCAAUGCUGUCUGAAGAAUCCCGGAACAUGUUCCAGUCUGUGCUAGCAAAACAGUCCUGUAGCUUAGCAUCUACAUUGACAUUCCAAUUCUCUUCAAUGCUUUUCAUUGAGGACAAUUUGGAAUUUGAAUGUAGUUUUACUUUCUGAAUUCACUGGAAAUUGAAAUGUAACCCCUGGAUGAAAUACUGCAAGGGUAACCUAUCCUCUUUCCCUCCAAUCUCUCCUCUCCUCUCUUCCUGUCCUCCUCUCCCUCUCCCUCCUCUACAGAGGAUGACUUUCCUGACCACCCCCAGUCCAGAUCUGGUGAUGAGAGGUAAACUGGCUGGUAUGAGCCCCUUCACCAUCAGACCCAAGCCCAGCAAAGAGUCAAAGAAAGCUGCAAAGAUCUCUACCAUCACAGAGAAGGAGACCCACUUCUAAUGCUCCUCUAGUCCGACCUCUGUCUGUCUGUCUGGCCCCAACCACAACCACAAUGAAGACAACAACAACAACAACCACAAC